CAAAAGGAGUCCGUACCCCGAUCGGUUUGGACGGAUUUCGAUGGCAGCCUUAAAGCUCGUGCUCGCCACCGCGCUGCUUGUUCUCGCGCCGUCUGCGGCGCUGCGGAUACCGCCGAGCACCCGGCCGACCUCCCACCCGGCGCGCUCGCCCGUCAUCCGCGGCCCGCAGUUCUGGGUCCGCCGAGCCAAGCCAGCCUUCAGCCCGCCGCUGCCGGUUGGCGCGGGGCUGCGCGAGGUGGACCGAGAGAACCUGCACCCGAUCUUUAAGCUCGGCUGGGUGCCGGAGGACGUGCCCCUUCCCCUCCUCGGGGCGCUCGCGCUCGCCUUCUCUCCGCUUCUCGCGUUUGUGGUCCCGAUCGCAGUUGCCGGCCGCAAGGAGCGGUGGGAGCGGCUGGUGGCGGCGUCCAAGGCGGAGCACGGCGCCGCGUUCGAGGAGGCGACGGCUGCCUACCGCCGCCAGCAGCGCCUGCUCAUCGACCGCCUCCUCGCCACGCGCUCCUUUGGAGAGCGAGACCCGCUUGUGCCGUGCCCCGAGACGGGCGCACCUCAGGUGAUCGCGGUGACGAUGGCGACAGGGCAGGAGGGGCAGGGCGUGGUGCGGGCGCUCUCCUCCGCGCCCGAGUACGCCCGCGCAACCAUCCUCGCCCUCGUGCGUAACCCCGACUCGGCGGCGGCCAAGGCGCUCGCCGCACUGCCGCGAGUGAAGCUCGUACUGUGCGACUCGACCGACUCGUCGGCGCUGCGCGCGGCGCUCGAGCCUGCGCACGCCGUCUUCCUGUGCACGACGCUCAACGGCGCUUCAGCGGGCUCGUGGUCAAUGGAGUGGGACGGAGGCGAGUACGAGGUUGCGCAGGGCAGGGCUUUCGCCGACGCUUGCGUCGGCCUGCAGCGGCUGCGGCAGGUGGUGUACGGGACGGCGCCGAUGCGCAAGUGGCCCGAGCAGUUCGCAGUGGAGCCUCCGAUCCACUACGCGGCCAAGUGGCGCAUCGAGCAGAUCCUCAAUUGGGGGGGACUCCGGAUGAGGUACAUCCGCAAGGGCCCCUACCAGGAGAAUUUCACCAAGGUGACCAAGGCCAAGCAGCGCGAUGGCGCGGCCGUGGCGAUGGGCGUGGAGGCGGGCGGCGCGUUCGACUCGAAGAGGAGCGUGGCCCUCGAGCCGGGCGAGUACCAGAUCAAGGCGCUCACGCCGCCCGACUUCACCUACAACAUGAUGGACCCGCGCGACACGGGGCGGUGGGCGCUGCUCGCGCUCCAGCACCCAACCGUCCUCGUCGGCAGGCCGCACUAGAGCUCACCGCCACUGCACAUCGGA